GGGGUUGUACACGAUUCUCACAAAUCCAAAAGCAGAAUUUUACCUAAUUAAAACAUGAUUGAAAAGAUAAUCAAAGAUGGAGAUUUUAUCCAAGCAGAAUUGAAAAGAUGUUGCUGUCAGGAAUUUAUGCACAGACCAAAAGAAAAGAAAACAAGGUACACUGAGGUCUUGCGUGGAAGGAAGGGAGUCGUCUAGAAUAAGAUAUCUUUCUCGUGCCUUCCUGCUGUCCCAUUCUCAUCGACAGAUAUUCCUGUAGAUACACCAAUGCCACUCUAGGCCCAUAAUUUCAAUUGAUUUUCUUCUGCCUUUUUGACUAAACAACUCGACCACUCGGGCCCUUUAAUUCAGCGUGAAGGCGUGGCGUUAUGGCGUAAGAUCUUAAAAAUUAGCUCGUGUCGAAAUCAAUAGCAACCACGCUUCUCUCACGUUAUGAGCAAAGUUUUUUCCAAUCUUUCCACCGGCCCGCAUAAAAGUGGAGCCCUCGCUCACAGGGCUUAAUGUUCUGCAAGGAUUAGUUAUAUAAGUCUGCUUCACUCCCUCAUAAAUCAUAUUGAUCUUUUGAACUGCAAAUUGCGGUAGUGAAGGAAAAUUUGCCAAAAUGUUUGAUGUGCAUUUCGUAUUCGGCAUCUUCGGAAAUAUCGCUGCACUUAUUCUGUUUUUGGUGCCUCUGAUUACGUUCUGGAAGAUUUUGAAGAUGAAAUCAACGGAUCAGUUUUCCGGGAUUCCGUAUGUUUCUACGCUUCUGAAUUGCUUGCUGUCUGCAUGGUACGGCCUGCCAUUUGUAUCGCCUAACAACAUCCUUGUGAGUACAAUCAAUGGAACCGGAUCAGUCAUCGAAUUGUGCUACGUUAUUGUCUUUCUGUUCUAUAUCCGAGACAAGAAAUACAGGGCAAAAAUAUUUGGGCUUCUGGUGAUUGUGUUGUUGGUGUUUGGAAUAAUCGCUGUGGUUUCAAUCUUUGCACUGCACGGAAAUGGAAGAAAGUUGUUAUGUGGUUUCGCGGCUGCCAUUUUCUCAAUCUGUAUGUAUGCGUCUCCGCUUUCCAUAAUGAGGAUGGUGAUCAGGACAAAGAGCGUGAAGUAUAUGCCUUUUAAUCUGUCUUUAUUUGUAUUCCUGUGCGGUACGUCGUGGUUUGUUUUUGGCCUUCUCGGCGGAGAUCCAUUCGUAGCAGUGCCAAAUGGAGUUGGAAGUGUACUGGGAGCGAUGCAGUUGAUUUUGUACGCCAUUUAUAAAGACUGGAAGAGUAUUGGCAAGAAAUCAACAUCGAUUCCUGCAGAAGGAAAGCAAGUGGGUGAAAGUGAAAUGGAAAUGGGUUACGCUCACGCCAACGGCAUUGCUGGCCAAGGAAUUGUCAUUCAAGCUGAAAAGAAGAAGAACGGUAUUUGAAUGUUGUUGAUAAAUGGAAAGCGACCCAAGUGGUGACACUGUGUAACUGUGUGUUAUCUCCUCUGUCUGUACGGAUGUAUUUUCUAUAUUUUGUCGUUUGGAAAUGAAUAACUGAAUUUUGAUCUU